UUUUGAAAGGAACCAGAAAGAACGCCUGGUAUAUUUUACAAAAAACGGCAAAAUGUCGGAGAGAAUACACCAGUACUUUGAGGAUAUUAUGAGAAGAUUUGAUGGAGUCCUGGGAAUAAUAGUGACUGACAGAGAUGGGGUCCCUGUGGUGAAAGUUGCUGAUGCUAGAAUACCUGGAACAGCUCUUAGAAGCAGUUACUUAGCAACAUUUGCCACUGCAACAGAACAGGCAAGCAAACUUGGCUUGUCUAAGAACAAAAAUAUUAUCUGUACAUUUCCAUCAUACCAGGUCGUACACUUCAAUUACUUGCCACUAGUAGUGAGUGUUAUUGCGACAAGUCAGGCUAAUACAGGUGUUAUUCUUAGUCUGGAGACGGAUUUUCGUAAUUUUGUCAAAGAUCUUAAAUCAACUGUUGAUGGAGUCUAGAUGGAAUAAUAAAUAUAUAGUACAAGCUAGAAUGAUUGUAUAUUGUGGUAAAAGUAUUGUAGCAGCAUAAAUAGCAAGUCAUACAGCCAUUCUCGGCUGGAACCAGAUUAUUACUCUCGUACAAAAUAUUUCUAAUAAAAUUUUCUAGCUA